GACGCAGAGACGUAGAAACCCCCCUGACGCUGCUGGUCUGGUGUCUUCGCCGUCUCGGCAUUUUUUUCGUGGGGAGCUGCACGGCUUUACAAACAAACUCGAUUUAUAGCUUACAGCUAGUCUAAUAACGCGUAUCUUUCGGUUUAUGUCGCGCUUAGUGUUCUGCCCUGGUCUUUAUCGCGUUACUUGUCUUGUCUUACGUUUGUUAACGGAGGUUGCUAGGUAUAACUAGCUAGUUUAUUCUAGUGCAUCUUGACCGUCAUAUAGUUAACGCUAUAUAGCGUUACAUAUAUCGUAUACUGAACUGUAAAGUUGUAGAAAUCGGAUUUCACUGCUUUUAGUAUCAACAGGAGUAGCUGUCAUCUCCUCCUCAUCAUUUCACGAAAUGGACAACGGUAACGUCACAGCAACUAAUGCGUUUGACUCGCAGGGUUAUAGUCCAACAUACAAAAGGAAAAGGACGAUAGAAGAUUUUAACAAGUUUUGCACAUUUGUGCUGGCAUAUGCUGGUUACAUCCCAUAUCCACAGGAGGAGACCCCCCUGAGGAGCAGCUCCAGCCCCCCCAACAGCACAGGCAGCACUGCGGACAGUGAUUGCUGGGACAGCUCACGCCUGGGCUGCGGUCUUCCUUCACCAGAUGAGCCUUCACCCAAAAGCAGAAAGAGCUUCGCUGGGUUCAAAAGGCCGUCAGCAGAGGAACCUGAGUUUCAGAAGCGCUCCAAAUCCACAGGCCUUCUCCUCGAGGGACGCAAGAAACCCGACAAGGUCAAGAAGAAGAAAAAGAAGCCAGAGAAGAGUAAAGGCGACACGUCUGACUCCUCUUUCACGUCAUUUCCAUCCAGUCCUGUGGCGGAAAUCUCUCCCUUCAGCCGGGCUAUUAAGGAGGAGCCUGAGGAUUUUUUAAGCAUCCCCACGCCCACGUCUUCAUACAUGGACAUGACUCGCACAUCUCACUCUGCUGUAAGUCCUAUGCCGAGCUUGCAGGGUACCGUAGCCUGUAAAGAGGAGCCAGAGAUGGAGCGGCCCUGCUGCCAUUCUCCUGCCAGCUCGGGUCCAGAUUCCAGCAGUGAGAGCCGGGAGAGGUUGAUGCUGCCUGAGGGCGAGGCAGUAGUGAUGAAAUUGGAGGGAUUGCCCGGCACAAGGACAGUGAUUCGGCAAGGAAAGCAGGUCGUAUUCCGCGACGAAGACGGAUCUGCAGACGAUGAGGAUAUCAUGGUCGAUUCAGAUGACGAUUCCUGGGAUCUGGUGACGUGUUUCUGUAUGAAGCCCUUUGCGGGAAGGGCAAUGAUUGAGUGUAACCAGUGCAACACCUGGAUCCACCUGUCCUGUGCCAAAAUACGCAAGUCCAACGUCCCCGAGACGUACACCUGCCAGCAGUGCAAAGAUUCGCAGUUUGACAUUCGACGAUCCAACCGCUCGCGCAUGGGGUCCCGAAAACAUCUUCUAGACUGACCCCACUCCCACCCCUUCCCAAGUACGAACUCUAAUAAAGAGAAGAGAUGUACAGCAGAGGAAGGGCUCUAUGGUUCUAUUAUUACACUUUGAGUUCAUAUAUAUAUAUAUAUAUAUAUAUAUAUAUAUAUAUAUAUAUAUAUAUAUAUAUAUAUAUAUAUAUAUAUAUAUAUAUAUAUACACAGAUAGAUAGAUAUAUAAAUAAAUAUAAACAUACACUGGCAGUCAGAAUGCAUGCAUGCAUUUCAUUCUCUUGCAAGAGUGAUUUGCAACAGUGUGUGAUGUGCUGUAAAAUGCAAGAUGUUCAAAUUCGGAAAAAAUAAAUUCUGACAUUUUUUAUCAAACAUGUUGAGAUCUUGUGGGGCUAUGAAGAACAAUAAAAGUGUGAAUCAGGCAUCAAGAAAGAAUGACAAAACAGUGUGUUUAGUACUUAAAGAGCUGCAGCUGGAUUGGUUUAAUGGUAUUUGAUGGAGUUUUUCUGUUAUUUUAAUAGUUUUCACUGGCACACAAGGUGCAAAUGUUCAGACACAUGACUGUGUGCUGUACUUUGUUUUUAUCAGAGGCUUCCACUUGCCUCAGCACCAUUAACACAUCAUAAAGGAUAAAGGUGCAGGUCCUUUUUUGUUUUUGUUUUUUUCCUUCAUUUAAUCAUUUCGAUGUUGAAUCAGUUUGAAUGCUGUCCUGCCCCUAGUGUUAUUUUUGUGUGCACUGUAGAUUCUUGAGGGAGUGCAUAAACCAAUUCACCAAAUGGACUCAUUAGGAAACCAACUGCAAGAAUAUUAUUACCCUUAAAGUCUUAAACUGCACCUAGACAACCUCCAAUCACUUUGUCACACUCUGCUAACAUUUUAAAAGAACCGCUUCCCACACAUUUGUCUCACCCACACUCGUAGAUGUGUAGAUUAUUCUUCUCAACACAUUUCCUGAUCUAGUCCUAGGAGUUCUCCAAAAGCCCCAGUGGGCUCUAAAACAUGCCCAAAGAUUAAACAGUAUGGCAUCUUGGAUUGUCUUGUUGAUUUUAAAUAAACACAGCUCAAACUGUUGCUAAACAUCAGUGCAUGUGUGUGUGCAUGUGCGUGUGUGCGACUGCCAGUAUAUGUGUAUAUAAAUAUACUUAAUUCACCUUCCUAAAUGUUGCGUACGGCAAUCAAAAGCAGGGUGGUGCAUUAAAGGAAAGAGAUUCUACUGUACAGGUGAGGACGGACUUGAAGCAAGUGUUGAACUCUCAGAGGUACAUGCUUUUUUUUUUAUAGAGGACAUAACAGAAUAGGAGUCAUAUUGGGAAUUGGAGAGAGACUGGUGGAUUGCACUUUUUCCCCUUCCUUUUAAAGAAAAGGUAGAGUCAGAGAGACCCUUUUAUACCCACAGCUUUCAAAAGUAUGUCUAUUUGUCAGUGUUAAGGUAGAGUUGACUUUAUAUUUCCUUGUGGAACUUUUCCUGAGUCCCCCAAAUGUCUAAGGAAUAGAGCACUAUAGAGCUGUAGUGGAAAUAUGCUAAUAUAAGGUACAGAAUCUGUCCUUGAGCGUUUUUGGACCGUUUGGAUUUGGAAUGAAUCAUCAAAAAACAGCCUCCCCCCACAGUGCUGUCCUUCACCGGUUUAUUGAGAACACAGUGUUUAAAAAAAGAAAAAAAGAAAAAGAAGAGAAGAGCUAACUGGACUAUUCUCCUGGUUUUAUAAAAGCCCUUUAUUCUCUGUCACUUUUUCAAGUUGGAAUUUCUUUUGGAACAUCUUGCUACCUUAAGAACACAUCGUUACCUUCAGGUGUCUCCCAGCGGAGUGUCGAUACCCAAAGACGAUUGGGAUGCACAGCUUGCUUCACACCAUCAGUGAUUUUUUUUUUUAUUAUUCUUGUUUAUUAGCAAAGCCUUGGAAGAAGUUUCAGCAUUGACUGCCAUGCAAUUUGUUGCGAUUGGAAGCAUUUUCACUGUAUCUUUUUUAUCCAUGCCGGCAUUUAUGUUUGAAAUACAUUUAUCUGCCUUUGGUACCUGCCUUUUUCAUGUUUUUCUAGGGGUUUUCAUGCAACAUGUUUCUAUAGUUAAAAUGUUAAAUGAUGUUAAAGGAGAAAUCUGGUGUGAAAUGGACUUUGGUUGUAAUGAAACAUUAUACCAAGUACAAACUUUUGUCAAAUAGCCCACCUCCAUUCUCCCCCAGCAUUUUCAAAAUACCAACAGGAUUAAAAUGCUAGUGAUGGAUAUAUAGCAUUGCCCAUGCUAAGAAAUCACUAUUUUUAAACCAUAAACAAGAUCAAAGGAGCUCCAAAGUUCAUUAAUAGAAUUCUGAAGGCUCUGACAUUAAAAACGAGCCACUGAAAACUUUAAAAGUGCACAGAUAGUUUAUAAAAAGAGCUACUGUGGCGCUACGUUUGGGCAUGUUAAUGGUGAAAUAUAUAAUGUAAAUAUACAUAUUUUUGCCUAGGCAACGCUAUGCCCCUAUUACUAGCAUUGUCUGUUGGGAGCAUAAGUCCAUUUCACAUCAGAUUUCUUCUUUAAGAUGCACAGGAAGAGGCUCAGUGACUAAAAUACAUUAAGCAACUUUUUAUAGAUCAUAGCCAUAUGGAAUCUCAGACGAGUAGCACAGUUUUAGAGGGAUUGUUUGGACUGUUUUUGUUAGUUUGAUGCUUCAUAUCCAACACAAUGUUGUGUGUGAUUAUGCAAAGACACACUGGGAGGUGCAGCCUGUAGAACUAUUAGAAUAUGUGUAUCAAGACUCUUUAUCUCUUUAUUGCACAGUGGUCAACAUUGUUUUGAGAGUUUUAAGAGUGUUCUUUUUUUUUUUUUUUUUUUUUUGGUAAAAUAGGAAUUCCACUUAAUAUUUUUGUCAUAAUUCAACGGUGGAUCUAUAAACAAUGUCAUUCUGAGUGAUUUGGUGUGUAGUAGCAUGUUCUGUAGAAAUUGGCCAAACUCUUUUUUUUUUCAGCAUUGGAUCGGUGAUGGGAAUAAAUUAUAUUUUAUUUAGUGUUCAAAACCACCAGUGACCCUAAAGGCUCAUCUAUACAUUAUUUAUAUACAAAAUAUAUUAAAUACAUCCGUUGCAAUAGAGGUAACAGUAAUUGUCCGCAUACGUCUAUCCUUCUAUCCUUUAUAUUGACAAUGAUUACAGAAAGAUGAGAGGGCCAUAAGUGUAAUAGGUGUUUUACACAAGUCUGUUCAAAACGAAUCAGACAACAUUAAUGCAGAGUAUGGACAAAAGGUUGGUCAUGUCCGUACUAGUGGUCAUGUUUUUUUUUUUUUUUUUUUAACUGUAAGCUACGCUGCCCAUACAACUUUGCUCCAUUUGUAUUUAAACGUUAAUAACUAAAAUGCACAAAUACAGACAAAAUGUAUGCAGAGUACGGACUGAAGGUUGUGUUCGUACCUGCAUUUGUAGUUAUGUAGUUGACUUAUUAGCUACACUGCCUCCCUUUUUUUUUUUUACCAUUUUGUACUCUGUAUUUUUAAUCUUUCAUAAAACGUGUAUAAAUACGGAAAAAAUUACUGAGUACGGACAGAAGGUUGCGUGUCUAUGUCUAUAUCUGUACCCUUAGCCAGGUUUAGCUUAAACUGUUAGCUAUACGGCCCCCACAGUUUUAAGUGCUACCAUUCUGUUCCCUUUAUAUUUCACAGCUUUAAAGUAAUGUGCACAAAUACGGACAGCAUUUUAUGCAGAGUACAGACAGAUGCUUGUGUCCACAUCCGUACCCUUGCUCAUGUUUUGCUUGAACAAUGCCCCCACAGUUUUAAAUGGUACCAUUUUGUUCUGUUUGUAUUUCUCAGCUUUACUGUAACAUGCCCAAAUACGGACAACAUAAAUGGCAGAGUACGGACAGAAGGUUGUGUCCGUAUCGGCAUUUGUAGUUAUGUUUUGCUCAAACAAUUAGCUACACUGCUGCCACCGUUGUAAGCAACACUAAUCUGUUCUGUUUUGGUAUAUUUAGGCUUUCAUGAAACAUGUAUAAAUACAGUCAGAAGGUUGCAACUAUAUUUUAUAGUUGGCCAAGUUUUGUUUUAAUUUUUGGGCAGAAGGUUGUGUCCAUAACCGUACCCUUGGUUAUGUUUUACUUGAACAAUGCCCCCACAUUUUUAAUUCAUACCACUUUGUUCCAUUUCUAUUUGUAAGCUUAUAACUUAUAUGCACUAGGUUGCAUUUCUGUAUUUCUGAAAAUAUUUGGCUUGAACUAUUUGUUACACAGCCCCCACAGUUUUAAAUUGUACCAUUUUAUUCUCUUUGUAUUUCUCAGCUUUACUGUUAAGUGCACAAAUACGGACAACAUAUAUGCAGAGUACGGACAGAAGGUUGUGUCCGUAUCGGCAUUUGUAGUUAUGUUUUGCUCAAACAAUUAGCUACACUGCCGCCACCGUUGUAAGCAACACUAAUCUGUUCUGUUUUGGUAUAUUUAGGCUUUCAUGAAACAUGUAUAAAUACAGUCAGAAGGUUUUUAUUUGUAAGCUUUUAACAAAUAUGCACAAAUACGGACAAAAUGAAUGCAGAAUACGAAAGAAAAUGGUCUGUAUUUUUGUAUUUGUGUAAAUAUUUAGCUUGAACUAUUUGCUACAAAGCCCCGUCAGUUUUAAAUGGUACUAUUCUGUUCCGUUUGUAUUUCUCUGCUUUCAAGAACCUGGCACAGAUGCGCAUAAAAUAAAUACAGAAAAUGGACAGAAGGUUCCUUCUAUAUUAGUUUCCAUACUGAGUUUUUAACAUAAAAUUAGAGAAUUUAACAAAUCUGAUCUGAUACAUUAUUACUCUACAACAUGUCUGACAUUUCACACCACUUCACUUUUAUAAUGAUUUAUGUGAUUUUAUAUAUAUAUUUUUUGAAGAACUACCCUUUGAAGAAGCAUACCUGAUUUUCAAACGUUUUGAUCUAGGUGUGAGUUUUUGAUUUAUUUUGUUUUCUUUCUCACAGUGGUAUCUAAAAAUCCUAGACAGUGAUCAUCUCAUUUUCAGCUAUAAAGCUUCCUUUGCUAUCUGAGUCCAACUUACUUAUUGUUUAGUUUUAAACUUGAAAUACUUUAAGAAAAUGGUUAGAAACAUAGUUUGUGUUUCUAGAGUCUGUUCCCCAUUUCUGGACAAUGCUUUUAUUUAAAUGCACAAGAUGAAAGGUGUAAACUGUUGUCUAAUAAUACAAAGACGAUCACAGUACACAAAAAUAACCACUCUUGUGUUUGUAAUUUCUGCAAAUUUGUACUCAGCAACUGCAAACCUGUGAUUUUCAGUGCUCCACACAAUGACCAUAGCGUUCAGUGUUUUUAUGAUUGUGUUGAGUCAGUGGAAGUACAUUAUUCCACAAUGGUUAGAGCAUGUUUUUGGUUUAUUUGUUUUUUUUUGUUGUUUUUUUUUUGGAAAACAGUCUUUUGCAGAGAAACUUUAAUUUAUUUAGAUGUUAAGUUGGCUCAGUCUACGUUCCUGAAGCUGUUCUGUUGUUUUGGGGGAAAAUGUCUCUCGCUCGUUUUUUAUUUUUAAGUAUCUGUUUUUCCAUUAAUAAGCUUUCAUUUGCUAUCCACUUGUCCGAUAUUGGAUCUUCCUGUAAUUAGGGGUUUUAAGUAUGACCGUUGCUGUACAUUCUCAUUUUUGUACAUUCAUAAUAUGUUCUGUUUGUAUAUUUUAUGUCUUGGGUAGUUCCAGGCUGUUGGUUCUGUUGGGAAUUUGUCAGAAGUGAAAGACGUAAUGGACAUUCACUGUGUUUAAAGUUAGGAGAAUGGAGCACUGGGGCGAGACGGAGAGAGAGAGAGAACAAGAGAGUGAAAACGUUUCUGUGAAACUGAUGUAAAUAAAGAGCUAUGUAAGAAAAAU